UCCCGCUCACUCUGGCCCGACCAUGGCGGCUGGCGGUUGUGACCCGCGGGCUGGCGACGUGGAAGAAGAUGCUUCUCAGCUCAUCUUCCCCAAAGAGUUUGAAACAGCUGAGACGCUUCUAAAUUCAGAAGUUCAUAUGCUUUUGGAGCAUCGGAAGCAGCAGAAUGAGAGUGCUGAGGAUGAACAAGAACUUUCCGAGGUCUUCAUGAAAACUUUAAACUACACAGCCCGUUUUAGUCGUUUCAAAAAUAGAGAGACCAUAGCCAGUGUUCGUAGUUUAUUGCUACAGAAAAAGCUUCAUAAGUUUGAGUUGGCCUGUUUAGCCAACCUUUGCCCAGAAACUGCUGAGGAGUCCAAGGCUCUGAUCCCAAGCCUCGAGGGACGGUUUGAAGAUGAGGAGCUACAGCAGAUUCUUGAUGAUAUCCAGACUAAACGCAGCUUCCAGUAUUAAACACCAGCUAUCACUGCUGCUGAGGGAAACCCAUCCUUAGUGUAACACCAUGGUUCUAAUAUCUGGCCCCGCUUGUACAGAAAUGCAAUUGCAGAAGACACCCAAGUUUCCCUUGGAGACAGCCAAGUCCAACUUGGCUUUGGUUUAAGUUACUGUUUGAAAACUGACUAUUGGACCAUAAUGAGCUUGUAAUUACAGCAAGGUUUUCAUUAUAGCAGACAUCUUUGACUUGUUGAAUUUGCCUCUCUGUGGAUAAUGUGGGUUUUCCACAUGACAACCUCACACCAGGAUUUUUGACUGCUUUUGUUACUUUGAAUUCUUAAUACUUUUUACAUAUCAGUAGAUUUAUAGUUUUUGAUGUUAUAGAACAUAUGGAACUUCUAUUGGCAACAAGUGGUUUUUACCUACAUGUGAAAAGAAUUAAACCAAACCAGUAUAAUUGUUUCAA